AUGGCAGAGACAGACGCAACGAUUGCUCGAGUAGCCAUCAAAAUACCGGAUUUCAUUUCGUCAGAUCCCGAACUUUGGUUUGCUAUGGUCGAAGGUAGUUUUGCCAGCGCGGGAGUCACAGCUGACAACACGAAAUUCGGUGCCUCUCAAGAGGAAAAAACACGUCAACUUUUGGAGCGCGUUGAGAUCGGUGACCGUAAACCGUCACAAUUUUUACGCCACCUCCAAAACCUGGCUGACUCUUCCGUUCCGGAAACAUUAUUAAAGACACUUUGGAUGGGCCGCCUACCAAAAAGCAUACAAGUGGCGUUAGCAAUAGUUAAAGAUAGUAAGCUUGAAGAACUCGCUGUCCAUGCAGACAACAUCGAGGAUGCAUCUGGUCCUUUGCUACCUCAAAUAGCAGAGACAUCGAGAAGUGACACUCUUGAAGCCAUGUUGAAUCUUAAAAUUUCUCAGCUUACCUUGAGUAUAAUUUAG